GAGAACAACACUGAACAUACAGCAUCUGUCAGACUCUCCAGUCAGCAAUUCAGCUCUAAGAAUGCAGUACCUGUGUGGGUUCUUGAUCCUCGCCCUGUGCGGAACUGGGUUGUGCAGCCGCCUUCAGGAACGUCAGACCGAUUUUGGGCUGCGGGUGUUUGUCGAAGCUUCGAGGUCUGCUCCAGACACAAAUCUUGCGCUAUCCCCCUAUGGAAUUUCUUCAGUGCUGGGGAUGGCUCAGCUGGGCGCUUACGGUGAAACUCUCAGGACUCUCACUGCGCAAAUGGGCUACUCUCUACAAGAACGUGGCAUGCCAAGGGAACAGCGCUUGCUUCAGAGGGAUCUUGCCGUCGAGGAGGGGCUUGAGCUGGCCAGCGGCGUCAUGGUAGACAGGAAGCUGGUUUUAGAGAAAAGUUUCCGUCGUGGCCUCUCCAAGGCCUUCCAGAGCACCCCACACCAGCUGGACUUCAGCCAGCCCGACACAGCCCUUAAGGUCAUCAACGCCUGGAUGUCAGACAGCACUGGGGGAAUGAUCCCUAACUUUCUGCCCGCUGGCGUGCUGAGUGAAAUGACCCGUCUUGUAUUACUGAACGCCCUUCAUUUCCACGGGCUCUGGAAGGUGCCGUUUGACCAUAAGAUGACCGAGGAAAUGAUCUUCCACUCUGGGAACGGCAGCUUAGUGACCGUGCCAAUGAUGAGAAUUACAGACAAAUUCAACUAUGCUGACUUUGAGACGGAGGAUGGAGUGGAGUAUGAUGUCAUUGAGGUGCCCUAUGAGGGAGAUUCCAUCAGCAUGCUUCUGGUCUCACCAUUUGAUAGGGAUGUGCCUCUGUCCACACUGUCCCAACAGCUGAGCAACAGCAAACUGAAAGAAUGGAGACAGAACCUGAGAAAGAUCAACAAACAGCUCGCCUUGCCCAGGUUCUCCAUGGACACAGAGCUGGACCUGAAAUCUACCCUCACCAAAAUGGGUCUGGGAGAAAUCUUCAGCCAGCGCAAAGCCGACUUCUCCCGCAUCACCACUGAGGAACCUUUGUGUGUGUCAAAGGUGUUGCAAAGAGUAAAGAUUGAGGUCAAUGAAGAUGGAACCAAGGGCUCCUCUGCUACAGCUGCUAUCAUCUAUUCACGCAUGGCAGUGGAAGAGAUUACUCUAGACAGGCCCUUCCUCUUCCUGAUUCAACACAAACCCACAGGUGCCGUGUUGUUCAUUGGUCAAGUCAACCAGCCACAGGAACAUUAAUCGAAAAAGGACCGUCCAAAUCCAGUGAAGCACAAAGACUAGGAACUCUGUCAGUGGCAGUGUUUCCUAUCAGUCGUUUACUACUGAGAGUUGUAGAAGCAGGGAUGAAGUAGUCAUGCAUUUUGUAUAAACAUCAUAACAGUUUAUUUAAAAGUAGUCAUUGUUCUAUUAGGCACUGCUUUUAAUAUUUAUGGGUCAAAAUUGCUACAGAAGCCUGCCUUACAACAUUCAUUCAGUCAUUGACUGCACAGUGGAAAAAUUUUAUUAUUGUAAUGAAGUCAGAUGAGCUAUGUUUGUAAAUAAGCCGUUCCCUUUAAGAUAUUUAUUUAAAUCAGUGGACAAAGAACACAGGAGGAAUAAAAAAAACAAAACAUUAGCACUUGGAAGACAGCAUGUGUUUAGAAUUGUCUGAAUCAGGCAUACAUAUCAGUGGAUGUUGUCGAUUUGUCAAACUUGAAAGAUCCCAAAAUAAGUAUUUUUCAUAAGCCCUUGGCUUGAAUUUUAUAAAACAUUCCUGUUAAAACAUAUCAAGAAAAAGCAAGAUUUUAAGAUGUAUGUAUUUCAGUAUCAUAAACACUGAUGUCU